CCUAAAUCGCAAAGCUAUCAAUUGAUUCUCACCACUCUCUCCGUCUCCCGAAGAAGCUUUCAAAAUGUCAGCCAGGCGGCCAGUGUAUGUUUAUUUCAAUACAACCAAUUUUACGGAUCGAUCGCUGACAAAUACUCAAUUAUAGCUUCAAUCAAUCCGUCCUCACCGAUAGCACACCUCUCCCCAAAGAGAUCCCAGCGGUCGAGGAGCUAGGAGCCAGUUCCGCCCCUCUGCUAUCAGCCAGUUUCUUUAUCGGCGCAAGAUGCAAGGACUACAAUGACGAUUUCAUGCAAUGCAAGACCGAGAAGCCGGGACGAGCAGAGUUUGACUGUCUGAAGGAGGGGAGACGGGUUACGAGAUGCGCAAAGAGCGUGUAAGUCCAUACCUUACUCCGGGGCAUUCUAUUUGUACCAAAAAGGAGGGGUCAGCAUGAAGGGGUUCUUGUGAGGAGGGAUUGUACCGAGGAUGUGAAACUGUGGAAUAACGAUAACCCCAGGCCUCGAAUUAAUGAUGCUAACUUUUGGUAAUCAGUAUAGAAGACGUUAACAAGCACUGUCUUACCGAAUUCCGAAAACACUGGCAAUGUCUCGAUGAUAACAACCAACAAUUAUGGUUCGCAUAAUCUUCAUCACUCCCUUGGGACGUUGGGAAAUGCUAACUCCCCACAGGCAAUGCCGGCCAGCAGAGUGGAAACUCAACAAGUGUGUCUUCGAUAAUUUGGUACGUCUAGACUUGUUCCACCACCUUUCUUAAUACACCAUUAACAGGAAUUAGAAACUUGAGAAGGUUAUCCCCGACUCACCAAAAGGCGAAAUUCCCGUGCAUCUCCGUCCUCACCAAAAAUAUGCGCACCGCGGUCCAUAAACGGUGAUCAUAUAGGAGUUGGUUGGGGAUUUUCUUUGCUCUUGUACAUAACAAAUGGAACUGGACCUCGUGUCAUUGAGUUGAUAUCUAUGAUUUUGGAAUCAAGAGGUCCGUUCGUCGCUCC